ACCGCCUGUAAUAAAAAAGCCGGUAGACAAGUUCUGCCACUGCACAUUUACUUUCGGUCAUUAGAAUGACACGCAUGGGAUACCAGAUACUUAUUGCAUUAUUAUCCUCAUAGCCCACUGAGUAAUCUAAUAUGGCCCCGUCCGUGCUGUUCCUGCACCCUGAUCUGGGCAUUGGAGGAGCUGAGAGAUUAGUGGUAGAUGCCGCUCUGGCGCUGAAGUCGCAUGGUUGCAGGGUUCAGGUGUGGACAGCUCAUUACGACCCCGGGCAUUGCUUUGAGGAGACGCGGGAUCUUCCUAUUUGGUGCUGCGGGGACUGGUUGCCCCGUAGCCUGCUAGGCCGCUGCCAGGCAGUGUGCGCCUAUGUCCGUAUGAUCUACCUGGCCUUGUAUGUUGUCUUUCUCAGUGGGGAGCAGUUUGAUGUCAUAUUUUGUGACCAGGUAUCCAUAUGUAUUCCAUUUUUGAGACUAACCAGGCAUCGAAAGAAGGUGUUGUUUUAUUGCCAUUUCCCCGAUCAACUUCUUACUCACAGGAAAUCUAUAAUCAAAAGGAUCUAUAGAGCUCCAAUUGAUUGGCUGGAAGAGAAAACGACAGGCAUGGCAGACUGCAUACUUGUUAACAGCUGUUUCACUGCUAAUGUAUUCAAGCAAACAUUUUCUUCACUUGCUCACAUAGAACCCGACAUUUUAUACCCAUCACUCAAUGUCAGAAACUUUGAAACUGACGUAUUUGAAGAUCUGAGUGAUAUCGUACCAUCUCAGAGGAAACACGUUUUUCUUUCCAUCAACAGAUAUGAACGGAAGAAAAAUCUUAAUUUAGCUCUUGAAGCCUUGUGUGCUUUACGGGACAGACUUAAUAUAUCUGACUGGGAAAAAGUGCAUCUCAUAGUAGCUGGGGGGUAUGACAAGAGAGUUUUGGAGAACGUGGAGCAUUAUCAAGAGUUAACAAAUAUUGCAAACAAAUAUAACAUUGAUACUCAUGUCACAUUCCUAAGGUCAUUUUCCGAUGUUCAAAAGCUAUCACUUCUUCAUAACUGUACAUGUGUUCUAUAUACCCCCAGCAAUGAGCAUUUUGGAAUCGUUCCUGUUGAAGCUAUGUAUAUGUAUUGUCCAGUGAUCGCUGUUAAUUCUGGUGGUCCUUUAGAAUCUAUUGUAAACAAUGUUACUGGAUUUUUAUGUCCGCCGUGUCCCAAUGAUUUUUCUGAAGCGAUGGAAAAAUUUGUGAAAAAUCAUAGUCUUAGAAGUAAUAUGGGAAAAUCUGGUCACACCAGAGUUUGUGAAACGUUUUCCUUUGAAGCCUUUUCAGAUAAACUUUAUAGUCACAUAUCUAGAUAAACGCAGUGCAAAUGAAUUGCAAGGAAAAUGUCAAAAGACCACAGAUUAAUUAGACUUGUUUUUUAUUUUUCUUGAUGUCGUUAAAUUGUCUAUAAACCAAAAAUUCUCUUCUUUAAAAAAACAAAAAACAGUAUAAAAAUAAACCUUGAUUUUUAGUG